ACCUUGUCACCGAUAAGAAACAGUUUUUGUGUUGUGUGCUAUUAUUUUUAAAUAAACUUAAUUGUUUAUAUUUAGUUUUAUAAUAUUCAAAAAGCGAGCGCUGAGCUAACUGCAUGUUAAAUACAUCAGCUGUGCACGAGCAACUCACGCUUACGUCACCAUGAGCUACGAACAUGAAGACUACCCAGAGGAUCCAUUCCCAAAAGAUUUUGGCUAUUGUGCCUAUGAUCAGGAUGGCCUGGACCUGGAACCGAAUGCCACCAGCAACAGCGAGACAAAACCUCGGAUAUUGCUGAUGGGUCUGCGGCGCUCCGGCAAGAGCUCCAUACAGAAGGUCGUCUUCCACAAGAUGUCGCCCAAUGAGACGCUCUUCCUCGAGUCGACAAGCAAAAUUGUUAAGGAUGACAUCAAUAAUUCCAGCUUUGUACAGUUUCAAAUUUGGGAUUUUCCGGGUCAAAUUGACUUCAUAGAGCCCACCUUCGAUUCGGAUAUGAUAUUUGGCGGCUGUGGUGCGCUUGUUUUUGUGAUUGAUGCAAAGGAUGACUACAUCGAAGCGCUGACCAAGUUCAAGAACACGGUCAUCAAAGCGUACAAAGUGAAUCCACGCAUCAAAUUCGAGGUUUUCAUACAUAAGGUUGAUGGCAUCAGCGAUGAUUCCAAAAUGGAAUCACAACGUGAUAUACAUCAACGCUCAUCGGAUGACCUCAGCGAGGCGGGCCUCGAUCAAAUCCAUCUAAGUUUUCAUUUAACUUCGAUAUACGAUCAUUCGAUAUUUGAGGCAUUCUCGAAGGUUGUACAGAAGCUGAUACCACAGCUGCCCACGCUGGAGAAUUUAUUAAACAUUUUCAUACCAAACUCUGGCAUAGAGAAGGCAUUUCUCUUUGAUGUUGUGUCCAAAAUCUAUAUUGCGACGGACUCAUCACCAGUUGAUAUGCAAGCCUACGAACUAUGCUGUGACAUGAUCGAUAUGGUCAUUGAUCUGUCCAGCAUCUAUAGCUCUGAAGAAACUGCCUUUGACAGUGGCAGUUCUAGUCUCAUUAAACUAAAUAACAAUACGAUACUCUAUAUGCGGGAGGUUAACAAGUUUUUAGCCCUGGUCUGCAUACUGCGUGAGGAAAAUUUCAAUCGGCAGGGCGUCAUAGAUUACAAUUUUAUUUGCUUUCGCGAUGCCAUUAGCGAGGUAUUCGAGCUGCGACUCAAGCGUCAGAAACAGCUUGAAAACGCCGACCAGGACGAUGAUGAGUUGGCUGAUGAUCAGGGCAUUACAAUUGGCCGUUCGAACCAUGAGAAUGAUACGGCUGUUGUGUCCAGAGCGCCAAAAAUUACAUGAACAUAAUUACGGUGACCUUAAGUUCUGUGUGUUUAACUAUUGGUUAACUUCCCCCUUAUAAUUACACGUGAACACACAGACAACAAUGCUGAUAAAAUCGCUAAUUUGUGUUUAAUAAUUCUUUUUUUUAUCCAUUUUUUAUGUUUACUUUCUUUUAUAUAUCUAUCUUUGUUCUAUAUUGUUAAUUCAUAUGUGUAGCCGCUUUGCUGCUCUUUACAACGCCAGAAACAAAAUGCCCAGCGUUAUAAAUAACUACAACUAAUAAUAUGUAUAUUUUUAAAUAAAAUUUAAAUUGAAACUUUGA